UGAGUAGUUCGUGAGUUAGUUCGAAGAUCUCGAUCUGGAAGGCGGAGCGGGGAGAGCUGCGUCCGGCGGGCUUCCACUACGCCGGGUUCACCGCCUCGUGCGCCGCGACGCUCGGCAACUACGCCCUGCUUGGCGACGCGUGCCGCGGGCUGCAGCUGGUCGCGUGGUCAAAGGAGAAGAAGUGCUUCGAGGCGCGCUCGCAGCGGCGCGACGCCGCCUCCGCCUUUGCGUGCGAGAUGACGCUGGACGAGGCGGGCCCGCACGCCGCCAACGGGCUGCGCGUCUUCCUCGCGGACGCGGGCCGCAACCUGCGCAUCUACUCGUACUCGCGUCAGGACGCCGAGUCCCGCUCGGGCACGGUGCUGCUGCCUCGCGCCGCCUUCCACCUCGGCGCCGUCGCCAACCACUUCCUCCGCCUCUCGCUGCCGCCGCGCGGCGCGCCGCCCGCCGCCGCCGCCGCCGCCGCCGGCCGGCGGAGGCACGCGCUGCUCUACUCGACGCUCGACGGCGCCAUCGGCUGCCUCGCGCAGGUGGAGGAGGCGGCCUUCCGACGGCUCUACUUUCUGUCCACAAAGAUGGUUGCGACGAUGCAGCACGCCGCCGGCCUCAACCCGCGCGGCUUCCGCGCGCAGGGCUCCGGCGCCACGGCCGAGGGCGAGCUCUCGCAAGUCAUCGACGGCGCGCUGCUGCGCCGCUUUGUCUCGCUCGGCUCGGCGGCGCAGGAGCGGCUCGCGAGGCAGAUCGGGACGUCGCCGCAACAGCUGCUGGCGAACCUCUCCGAGGCGGAGGUGGCGUCGGCCUUGCUGUGACGGGCGGCUGCGAGGCGUGCAAGAGAGUCUCCUCAACUUCGCCGCGCGGACUUGUGCGCGGU